CAUUUAGAAAAGAGUUUAUUGAUGGUACCAUUUGGUUUUGUCCCGGAUAUUAUUCGGGCGCUUGGCGUUUGCGCCGGAAAACAUUACAAAGCAGAACUUGCAGCACGUGUCCUCAUUUUCUUAGUAAAGAUCAUUAAUUUAAUAUUUGUGCGACAGAUCUUGAGUACCACGGCGCCAGUUGAACUGUUCUUGAUGAUUAAUUACACCAUUUGGGAUGAAUUUGAGGAUUUCUGUGUUUAA